CGAUGUGUAUUACUCCGGAUGGUGCGCAAUUUUUAAUUGGUGGUUGGCAGAAUUUGCGUAUAUAUGAUCUCAACUGUCUUACAAAUUCAGGAUUGCAUAAUUCAGCGGUUCAUGAGAAGAACAUUACAUCUGUUGGAUUUCAAAGUGAUGGUGUUUGGUUGUAUACUGGUGGUGAAGAUUGCAUGGCGAAGAUUUGGGACAUGCGUAUCAAUCAACUUAAUUGUCAGCGUAUAUUCCAAGUUUUUCACUCAAUUGCUCUCCAUCCAAAUCAAAUUGAAUUGUUAAUUUCUGACGCAACUGGAGCUGUCUAUAUAUGGGAUUUGAGAUCUGACCGAGAUGAUACAUUGUCUACUGAAGUUGAUGUUUCCGAAUAUAUAGUGCACAUUGAUAUAGAUAGAUUAGGUCGACAAUGUGCAGCCGUCACGAAUAGAGGAAAUCUUUUCUUUUGGGAGAUUAACCAUAAAGGCAGCGGUUUGGCUAAAACAAUUCCACAUCUUGAUGCCACUGCCGACAAUGGAUCAACGCAGAAGCUUCAAAGGCAAACGACUCCACAAGAAUUAAAGGAAGAUGAGUCGACAACGGAAUUCUACUCAAGUUCAAUGAUUGACACAGGCCUUCCUCCUAUUGCACCACCACCUCUAUCAGAAAUGGGUGGAGAUGGUAGCGCUUUCUAUGUGCCUGCUCCUCGACGAAAGCAAAGAUAUGGUGCAAAAGAAGUACCACCAUCCGAACUAGGCGAAGAAAAUGAAGAAUUGAAGCAAAUUGAACAAGAAAUGUUGAAAAAUCCAUCUAUGACUGUUACACCGCCACAUCGUUCAUCUCUACCAGUAGAUUUAAUAAGCAAUGCAAAGUAUCGAAUGAAAUUGCGUGCUCACAAAUCAUUUGCAUUGAAGUGUAGAUACCGGCCUGACAGCUUAGCAAUAGCAACAUGUUCAGCUGAUCAGACAACUAAAUUAUGGAGCGUUAACGAUCACAAUUUGUUAAGCACAUAUGCAGCUCCAAAUAGUAAAUGGGUCUGGGAUUGCGCUUUUACUAAUGAUUCAGCUUACAUGCUGACAGCUUCAUCUGAUGGAAUCAUUCGUAUGUGGGAAUUGGCGUCAAGUUCAGUUGUUCAAAUGUAUCAGGGUCAUUCAUUGGGUAUUACUUCAAUGUUUACUUGGAAGAAACCGCAAGAUUUUCACUCUUCGCUUCAACGGUUUGCAGAUGUUGGUCGUGAUGCUGGUUCAAGAGCAAAACAUUUCAAGUUGAUUUUUGAGAAUCUUACAAUUGAAGAAAAAAGGCAGUUGAUCGAGAGUUUUGGAUUUGAAAUUUAUCAUUUGAUUGAUUCACUUAUGCUUUGUCAUUAUGGACAACUAAUUGAACAACAAACAAUUGCUGAUGUUACUGCUGCAACUUAUACGACCGCGUUAGACAUACUUGAACAAGUUUUACUAAAUGCUCCGGAGUUUGUUGGAAUUGGUUGGCAAAGAAAUGGAAUUGAGUUUAUCUUGAAAAUGGUUCUCCAUCCUCGAAACGAAAUUUCUGUUAGAAAAUUGGCUAUCAGACUUUUCAUUAUUUGGUAUCAAACCUUAGCUGUUUAUGGCCGAACAAAUUAUAAUCUGGAUGUUGUUUUUCAAUGUGUUUUGCCUCACUUUCCUCUUAACAAUGAAUUAAGUACUGAUCGAAUUUUGACUAUGUUUUGUGAGGGUUUUGAACUUAACUCAACAAAUUGUGAAUAUUCAAAUACACUGUUUGAGCCCUACAUUGCCAAAUGUAUUCCCAUCAUGAUUUGUACAUUAAGUGAAGUAGAUCAACAACAGCAACUUUCGACUGACAUCACAACAUCUACUCGUGAAAAGGCAAAAACACUUCAGAUUUACCUGGAUAAAUUUCUUGAAUAUAUAAUUCGUGAGACCAUGCGAAUUAAUUGGUCUAAUCCUCUACAACGCUUGGAAUGUGCAAGAUUCUUAUUGGAUCGUAUAAUUGUUUUGUAUAUUUGUGAGUUAUUCCCCGAUACAUCAAAUGGAAUUGAUGUGAAUAGCGGUUUGGAGACUACUUUUGCUGAAGAUGUUAAAGAUGACAAACCGCUUCUUGAGACUGCAGAACCUGAAACCAUUGCUAAAUAUUGGCUCAUCCGAUUUUUUGUUCGUAUUGCUGAACCAUUUGAUUCGACUCUGCCUUCUUGUACUUCUUCCUCCAAUAACUUGCAAUUAACUUCUGAACGUAGCAAUAGUAAUAAUAUAUCUUCCUCUGGACUUCCACUCUUUAAACAAGCUAUAAAUGUUUUGCUUACAAUGAUGCGUGAAUCAAUGAGGCUUCCACUUUCCUGUGUUAACGUUAUACAAAAAGUUCUUGCCUUAAUUCGUAUUUGGCUAUCACAACCAGAAUUACCCCAUUUUCUUGAUUCAAAGCGUGUAUCGACAGACUAUUGGACUCAAUUAUUACUUCGAAUGCUUUUUUCUUUUUUCCGUUCGCCAUAUCUUCUCGUCAUCAACGAUCGUCUGCCAUCUGCAAUUUCUAUUGCUCAUAAUAUACUUAAAAUUGUAAGAGAUUUGGCAAAUCCUUCGGGCAUGCAAAUUGUGAAUAUUUCCAAGUCUGUGUGGCAGGAACUACUUAAAAGAUUAAUCUCCAUCGUGGAUUUAUGUGUUAGAAGAUCAGAUGCAUUUGGACAAGCAACAGCCGCAGGUUUCACGCGUACUUUGCUAGGCACUUUGGUCUUCGUUCAAGUGCUUCGUGAAAUCAACAUCGAUAACCAUUUAUGGGAUUGUGUGUUGGUUGUAUUUCACAGUGCUUCAUGGAAAAUUCAGAUUAUUGAACAAUGGUCAAGGAUUACUAUUAAUAUCACCAAAGCAUUGAUUUUAAAUUUAUUUGCGAUAGAUGUAUGUUCUAUUGAUUCUGGUGUCCCACAAAAGGUCAACGAUUCUAUUGAUGAGAUUCCUAACUUUUCAGAAAAUACGAGCUGUAACAACUUAAAAACAACAAGCGAUAGUAGUAGCACUGACACCUGCCCUUGUGAGGCUGCGAUUACUCAAAACAACAGCGGAUUGGCAAUUGUUUGGAUUAGAACAUGGAUGAGGAUUAUUUGUUUGGUUGAUACUUCAAUUUCUGAAUGGAAUCGCUCCCAACAAUUAGCUGUACAAACUAUUGCCACAUAUGGCCGAGCUGUGGAUAUGCUUAUUCAAGUAGGAGAGGGAGCCCAAUCAAAUAAUGAAGCCAAUCCUCUCAUCCAUUGGUUGGCAAUACAAGUCUUGCGUUGCGCUUUAGACGUGGCGCCGCACGCACUUCCUAUCAUGUUUACCAUUUUGGUAAGUGCACAGCCACUACCUCCACUUGUGAGAGUUUUUAUUCUUCAUCGCAUAACGGAAUGUCUACGUACAGAAGUUGCGCCAUUAGCGCUUGAACAUAUUCCUUCAAUAAACAGUUUAGAAGAUAUGGCCAUUAUCUCCGCUGAAACAAUUUCAACUUUACAAAGGCUUAUCAAAAAUCAAGAAUUUUCGGCAAGAGCGAUUCGUGUUGCUGCAUUGUUGUCCUUAAAUCACCCUGAUGCUGAAAAGAUUAUAAUCUCUCUUCUUGAAACACGUCGUCAAUCACAACAACAACAACUUGACCAAUUCUCUUUGACGCUUUGUGUGAAUGCACUUUCACUAUUAAUUCUAGAAAGAGCUGAUGUAGUAUUAUUUGAUAGAUUGUUACAUCUUCUAAUUGACCAUCAAUAUGCAGCACGAGUGUUACCUUUGUUUUCUAAUAUUGCAUCAGUUAUGCGAGUUGGAUUUCAUUCUCAACUUAUUGAUGCUGUUCAGUUGUCUUUGUCAAAGGCCAAAAAUGUGAACAUGUUAAACGAUUUGAAAUGGCAACUUUGUUCAAUUUGUGCUAAAGAAAGCAUUGCUUUACAAUGGAAAGAAGCUUUAGCAGAGCGAUUUGAAACUGAUAAGGAUACCUUUUUCGAAGGCUUUUUAAUUCGACUCUCGGUUAGCUUUCAAAUUACUCAAUGGAAUUCCAUUCAAGAAGCGGCAACUGAAAAAGAAGAGAGUGAUGAGUGCAAUAUUUACAUGGAAACAAAUUCAUCCAUCCUUAGUUUGGGAAGAGAAGAUCCACAAAUGCUUUGGUGCAGAACAGCUCUUGGUCGGUAUGCCUAUCAAAUAGAGAUGAUUGAAGAUGAGGAAGAGCCGAAUCUUUCAGCUGAUAAUUGGCUAAACUCAAUUUCAGAUGAAACAAAUCCUUUAUUCCAAUCAACACAGAGUGCUCGGCAAAAAUCUUCUCUAGUUGAUGAAAUUUUUGAUCCAUUCCAGGAGUUGCCAUUUCCUAUCCCUCGCCACUCAUCACAAAUUCCCAUAAAUUCAUCAUCCUCAACUUUUGCACACAAAGCAGAUUUGAUUCCACUAGAUAUCUCUGUGCCUGAAAUACUACAAUUCAUACAAUCAAGUACUCGUUUUCCUGAAGAAGUCACAGCAAUAAAUGGUUAUGAUCAAGUAAAAUCCGAAGCAUCAAAGUCAGAAAUGCUUAAUCAACUUGGCAACGAUGAUAGCAACAUUGAUUCAAGUACUGUGGAUGGGAGUAAAUACAACUGCUGGCGAAAAUUUAAUGCUACUUUUGGAUUUUUUGAUUCUGCUAAAGAUUCUCCAUCAAACUUUUACCGAGAGAUUCGACAUCUAGACUCUACCGUUUGUCGAGAAGUGCACAAAGUUGCUGUAAUUUUUGUAGGUGGAGGAAAUGACUUACAAGAUAAACAAUCAAUCUUAUCAAACAAUACAGGAUCAGAAACUUUUAACAAAUUUUAUGAUGGAUUAGGUUGGCCUGUUCAUAUUGGUUCUUCUGAAUUUUCCGGAUAUAAUGGAGGCCUUCCUAAUGGACAAACAGCAAUUUAUUAUGCGACAGCAAACACUGAGCUUAUUUUUCACGUUUCAACACUUUUGACUGGAGACGCUACUCAACGCUUAAAACACUUGGGAAAUGAUGAGGUGCAUGUUGUUUGGUCAGAAAAUACAAAACCUUAUAGACGAGAUAUGAUUGCUACUCGAUUUUGUGAUGUGCUAAUUGUAUUGUAUUUAUCGAGCCCAGUUCUUUUGCGUGUUCACAUUGAAGUUCAAGAUCCACGUUUACAAUUUGGUCCACUUUUUGAUGGUGCAUGUAUACAUAUAUCUCAAGCAAGUACUCUAGUUCGUGAAACUGUGCUAAAUGCAUCGCGUGCUUACCGAAAUCUUCGUGUGGAAUGUGAUCGUCCAAAUAAAUAUCGUGAGAGGGUUUUUCGUGAUACAAAAAAGAUGCUUAAACCUUUGUCAUUGUCAAAUUCAAUCACAAGACUAUUUCAUGCGUCAUUUGAAUGAGUUGUAUUUUUUGCUAAUUAUUUUCCCAACAAUCCCAGAAUUCUAU